AUGAUUUGUUGGCCAUAUCUUAAACGGAUUCAUAUUCGAAUCUUAUGUGUACUACUUAUAACUUUAAUAUUUGUAUACAAUAUCAGUUUUCUUAGUAACAUAAGUCAAUUCUUACACAAAUCACAAAAACAUUUAAUAUAUUGUUACUUUGAAAAUAAACAUAAUCAUUCUUUACUUGAACUAGAUCCAAAUGAAGUAACCAAAAAUAGUAUUUUCUUUAUUGAAACAUCUUGUAAUCACAAAAAAGGAAUUCAUUUAAACUUGAGGCAAGGCUGUGCUAUUGAAUCUGCAGCAAAUUUAAAUCCAAAUUUAAAAAUAUUUGUACUAUUUGUUUCUGCUAGUUUUGUAAACAACAAAUCUGAUAUUAUUAAUACUUUAAACACCUACAAAAAUAUUAAUUUAAGAUAUAUCAACUUAACGAGAUAUUCCUACCAAACACCAGUACACGAUUUUGUUAUGUCAAAUAAAAUAUUCAUGAGUAAUUGGCCAAUAUCUCAUACAAGUGACUUAUUGAGAUUUCUAACAUUAUGGAAAUUUGGUGGGACUUAUUUGGAUUUGGAUGUAGUUUUAAUGAAGUAAGCACUUUAUUGUAUAAAUAUAAAUUAUUUUAAAAAUAAUGAUUAUUAUGUAUUUCUUGUUUAGGUCUAUAGAAGGGAUUACAAAUUUUGUAAGUGCUGAAUCAAGCUCAUCAAUUGCAUCACUUGUAUUAAACUUUGAUGUUGAUGAUAUUGGAAAAACUAUUGCAAAUAUUGCAAUCAAUGAUUUUGUUGAUAACUAUCGUGGUAAUGAUUGGGGAUAUAAUGGUCCUGGUGUUAUUACUAGAGCACUUCAAAAAAUGUGCAAUACAUAUUUGGUAAAUAGAUAAUAAUAUAAAAACACAAUACAGCAUAACUUAUUUAUGGUGAAUACCGAGGAAAGCUUAUAAAGGUGUCCUUUUUUUAUUCUGUAACUAUUUUUUAAAUAAAAAUAGCUAUUUUACUUCUAUAUAAACAAAUCUCAAUUAUUAUGUAUACUGUAGUUAUUAUUCCAAUCAAAAAAAGUUUAACAAUUGAAAUUAAUUAGUUCAUAUUUAUGAAUAUUUUUUUUGAAAAACUUGAUUCAAUACAUUAUUCUAAAUGAAUUUAAAUACCUGUUCCUAUUGUUCAUCCUACAUAGUCAACUGUAUCUAAACAAAAAGUCUGGACAUUUUCAAGAUUAUUCUGUUUUCUUAUUAUUAGGUGUAUUUUUUUUUUGUUUUUUAAAUUGUUUGUGUUUCUUAUUCUUCAUAGUUUCUUAUUUCUGUUUGUUGAGUAAAAAUUAAAUUAAACCAAUUUAUUUUAACAUUAAACAUGAUUAGACAAUGUAAUUUGAUAUAAGUCUGUGUUAGAAGUAGAUAAAUUAUACACAACUGAUAUAAGGCUAAAUAUGUGGGUACAUACAAAGUCAGCAUACAAUCAAGCUAUCAAUGUUUUUAAUUAUAUUAUAUCAUUUAUAUCCCAAAUUUUUUUUCCAUAAAGUGUCACUCAUAGACAGGAAUACUGUAUUACUGUUAUUGAAUUUUUAAUCUUGCUAGUUUUCUUACCCAUCUAUGUAUUUAAAAGCACCUAUUUUUAUUAUUAUUUAUUUUUAUUUUCUUAUUAAAAACAUAAAUUAUUUGUAACCUUAUUAGUCAUUAUUAUUUACCUUUUUAUAUUUUAAUUUAGAUAAAUGAUAUGGAUAGGCUAAUGUGCAAAGGAUUCAUGGUAUUUAAACCUGAAGCAUUCUGUCCAAUAAGUUGGGAAGAUUGGAGGCUGUAUUUUGAUGAAAAUAAUAGUAACAAAGUAAUGGCUAAACUUGAAGACAGAAUGGGAAUUCAUGUAUGGAAUUUGCAUAGUAAAAAUUCAAACAUUAUAGUUGGAUCAAAACAACCAUAUGGUUUAGUAGCCAAAAAAUAUUGUUCAAGUAUUUUUUCAUUAGCAAAAUAUGUGUUUUAA